GUGAGCGUGAGGAGCCGCCGCCACCGCCUCCUCCUCGCCGUCCUCUUCCUCUUGGGUUCCGGCGUCGCGGGCCGCCCUCGGCCCUGGAAGAGACGUCGCCUCCUCUUCCUCCGCCUCCCCCUUGCGGCGCCACCCCCCCCUCCUCGUCCUGCGCUGCGGGCUCAGGCGGAACCCGGAACGGCCGUCCGCCUCCCCCGCCCUCUGCCGCCUCCUCCAUCUCCUCCUCCUCCUCUUCGGCUUCCUCCUAAGCCCCGGGCGGGAGCGGAGUGUCGGCGGUGGUCGGUUCGGGCGGCGACUAGCGCUUCUUUGGGCGGCGGCGCUUGGCCAUGUCGUGUCGGGGAAGGUAAUGAGCCGCAGAGCCCCGGGGUCUCGGCUGAGCAGCGGCGGCGGCGGCACCAAGUACCCGCGGAGCUGGAAUGACUGGCAACCCAGAACUGAUAGUGCAUCAGCCGACCCAGAUACUUUAAAAUAUUCUUCAUCCAGAGAUCGGGGUGGGUCUUCUUCUUAUGGACUGCAACCUUCAAAUUCAGCUGUGGUGUCUCGGCAAAGGCACGAUGAUACCAGAGUCCACACUGACAUACAGAAUGACGAAAAGGGUGGCUACAGUGUCAAUGGAGGAUCUGGGGAAAAUACUUAUGGUCGGAAGUCGUUGGGGCAAGAGCUGAGGGUUAACAAUGUGACCAGCCCUGAGUUCACCAGUAUUCAGCAUGGCAGUCGUGCGUUAGCCAUCAAAGACAUGAGGAAAUCACAGGAGCGAUCGAUGUCUUACUCUGAUGAGUCUCGACUGUCGAAUCUUCUUCGGAGGAUCACCCGGGAAGACGACAGAGACCGAAGACUGGCUACUGUAAAGCAGUUGAAAGAAUUUAUUCAGCAACCAGAAAAUAAGCUGGUACUAGUUAAACAAUUGGAUAAUAUCUUGGCUGCUGUACAUGAUGUGCUUAAUGAAAGUAGCAAAUUGCUUCAGGAGUUGAGACAGGAGGGAGCUUGCUGUCUUGGCCUUCUUUGUGCUUCUCUGAGCUAUGAGGCUGAGAAGAUCUUCAAAUGGAUUUUUAGCAAAUUUAGCUCAUCUGCAAAAGAUGAAGUUAAACUCCUCUACUUAUGUGCCACCUACAAAGCAUUAGAGACUGUAGGAGAAAAGAAAGCCUUUUCAUCUGUAAUGCAGCUUGUAAUGACCAGCCUACAGUCCAUUCUUGAAAAUGUGGAUACACCAGAAUUACUUUGCAAAUGUGUUAAGUGCAUUCUUUUGGUGGCUCGAUGUUACCCUCAUAUUUUCAGCACUAAUUUUAGGGAUACAGUUGAUAUAUUAGUUGGAUGGCAUAUAGAUCAUACUCAGAAACCUUCGCUCACACAGCAGGUGUCUGGGUGGUUGCAGAGUUUGGAGCCAUUUUGGGUAGCUGAUCUUGCAUUUUCUACCACUCUUCUUGGUCAGUUUCUAGAGGACAUGGAGGCAUAUGCUGAGGACCUCAGCCAUGUGGCCUCUGGGGAGUCAGUGGAUGAAGAUGUUCCUCCUCCAUCAGUGUCGCUACCCAAGCUGGCCGCGCUUCUCCGGGUGUUCAGUACUGUAGUGAGGAGCAUUGGGGAACGCUUCAGCCCAAUUCGGGGUCCUCCAAUCACUGAGGCAUAUGUAACAGAUGUUCUAUACAGAGUAAUGAGAUGUGUGACGGCUGCAAACCAAGUGUUUUUUUCUGAGGCUGUGUUGACAGCUGCUAAUGAGUGUGUUGGUGUUUUGCUCGGCAGCUUGGAUCCUAGCAUGACUAUACAUUGUGACAUGGUCAUUACAUACGGAUUAGAUCAGCUGGAGAACUGCCAGACUUGCGGUACAGAUUAUAGCAUCUCAGUCUUGAAUUUACUCACAUUGAUUGUUGAACAGAUAAAUACAAAACUGCCAUCAUCAUUUGUAGAAAAACUUUUCAUACCGUCAUCUAAACUACUAUUUUUGCGUUAUCAUAAAGAAAAGGAGGUUGUUGCUGUAGCCCAUGCUGUUUAUCAAGCAGUGCUCAGCCUGAAGAAUAUUCCUGUUUUGGAGACUGCCUAUAAAUUAAUUUUGGGGGAAAUGACUUGUGCCCUAAACAACCUGCUACAUAGUCUACAACUUCCUGAUGCCUGCUCUGAAAUAAAACAUGAGGCUUUUAAAAAUCACGUAUUCAAUGUAGAUAAUGCAAAAUUUGUAGUUAUAUUUGACCUCAGUGCCCUGACUACAAUUGGAAAUGCCAAAAACUCACUAAUUGGGAUGUGGGCGCUAUCUCCAACUGUCUUUGCCCUGCUGAGUAAGAAUCUGAUGAUUGUGCAUGGUGACCUGGCUGUUCACUUCCCCGCCAUUCAGUAUGCCGUGCUCUACACAUUGUAUUCUCAUUGUACCAGGCACGAUCACUUUAUAUCUAGUAGUCUUAGUUCUUCAUCCCCAUCUUUGUUUGAUGGAGCUGUGAUAAGUACUGUAACUACAGCUACAAAAAAACAUUUCUCAAUUAUACUGAAUCUCCUGGGAAUAUUGCUUAAGAAAGAUAAUCUUAACCAGGAUACAAGGAAACUGUUAAUGACCUGGGCUUUGGAAGUGGCUGUUUUAAUGAAGAAGUCUGAAACAUAUGCACCUUUAUUUUCUCUUCCAUCUUUCCAUAAAUUUUGCAAAGGCCUUUUAGCCAACACUCUUGUUGAAGAUGUGAAUAUCUGUCUGCAAGCAUGCAGCAGUCUACAUGCUUUGUCUUCUUCUUUGCCAGACGAUCUUUUACAGAGGUGUGUUGAUGUUUGCCGUGUUCAACUUGUCCAUAGUGGAACUCGUAUUCGACAAGCAUUUGGAAAGCUGUUGAAAUCAAUUCCUUUAGAUGUUGUUUUGAGCAAUAACAAUCACACAGAAAUUCAAGAAAUUUCUUUAGCAUUAAGAAGUCACAUGAGCAAAGCACCAAGUAACACAUUCCAUCCACAAGAUUUCUCUGAUGUUAUUAGUUUUAUUUUGUAUGGGAAUUCUCACAGAACAGGGAAGGACAAUUGGUUAGAAAGAUUGUUCUAUAGCUGCCAGAGACUGGAUAAGCGUGACCAAUCAACAAUUCCCCGAAAUCUUCUAAAGACAGAUGCUAUCCUUUGGCAGUGGGCUAUUUGGGAGGCAGCACAGUUCACUGUCCUCUCUAAGUUGAGAACCCCAUUGGGCAGAGCUCAGGAUACCUUCCAGACCAUUGAAGGUAUCAUUAGAAGUCUUGCAGCUCACACAUUAAAUCCCGAUCAAGAUGUUAAUCAGUGGACAACUGCAGACAAUGAUGAAGGCCACAGUAGCAACCAGCUUAGACUUGUUCUUCUUCUGCAGUAUCUGGAAAAUUUGGAGAAGUUAAUGUAUAAUGCAUACGAGGGGUGCGCUAAUGCAUUAACAUCACCUCCCAAGGUCAUUAGGACUUUUUUUUAUACUAAUCGCCAAACUUGCCAAGACUGGCUGACACGGAUCCGACUUUCCAUUAUGAGGGUUGGGUUGUUGGCAGGCCAGCCUGCUGUGACCGUGAGACACGGCUUUGACUUGCUUACAGAAAUGAAGACAAAUCUAUCUCAGGGGAAUGAAUUGGAAGUAACCAUCAUGAUGGUGGUAGAAGCGCUGUGUGAGCUUCAUUGUCCUGAAGCUAUACAGGGAAUUGCUGUCUGGUCAUCUUCCAUUGUUGGAAAGAAUCUUCUCUGGAUUAAUUCAGUGGCCCAGCAGGCUGAAGGGAGGUUUGAAAAGGCCUCUGUGGAGUACCAGGAGCACUUGUGCGCCAUGACAGGCAUCGAUUGCUGCAUCUCCAGCUUUGAGAAAUCUGUUCUCACGUUGGCCAACGCUGGGCGGAACAGUGCCAGCCCCAAACAUUCUCUGAACGGUGAAUCCAGAAAAACUGUGUUGUCUAAGCCAACUGACUCUUCCCCUGAGGUUAUAAAUUAUUUGGGAAAUAAAGCGUGUGAGUGCUACAUUUCCAUUGCUGAUUGGGCUGCCGUACAGGAGUGGCAGAAUGCUAUCCACGACUUGAAGAAGAGUACCAGCAGCACUUCUCUCAACCUGAAAGCUGAUUUCAACUACAUAAAAUCACUAAGCAGUUUUGAAUCUGGAGAAUUUGUUGAGUGUACUGAGCAAUUAGAAUUGUUACCAGGAGAAAAUAUCAAUCUACUUGCUGGAGGAUCAAAAGAGAAAAUAGAUAUGAAAAAACUGCUUCCUAAUAUGUUAAGUCCGGAUCCAAGGGAACUUCAGAAAUCCAUUGAAGUUCAGUUGUUGAGAAGUUCUGUUUGUCUGGCAACCGCUUUAAACCAUAUAGAACAAGAUCAGAAGUGGCAGUCCAUAACUGAAAAUGUGGUAAAGUACUUGAAGCAAACCUCCCGCAUAGCUAUUGGACCACUGAGACUUUCUACUUUAACAGUUUCACAGUCUCUGCCAGUUCUAAGUACCUUACAGCUGUAUUGCUCUUCUGCUUUGGAGAACACAGUUUCUAACAGACUUUCAACAGAGGAUUGUCUUAUUCCACUCUUCAGUGAAGCUCUGCGUUCAUGUAAACAGCAUGAUGUGAGGCCAUGGAUGCAGGCAUUAAGAUAUACCAUGUACCAGAGUCAAUUGUUGGAGAAAAUAAAAGAACAAACAGUUCCAAUUAGAAGCCAUCUCAUGGAAUUAGGUCUAACAGCAGCAAAAUUUGCUAGAAAACGAGGGAAUGUUUCACUUGCAACAAGACUGCUGGCACAGUGUAGUGAGGUUCAGCUGGGAAAGACUACUACUGCACAGGAUUUAGUCCAGCAUUUUAAAAAACUAUCAACUCAAGGUCAAGUGGAUGAAAAAUGGGGACCUGAACUUGACAUUGAAAAAACCAAAUUGCUAUAUACAGCAGGCCAGUCAACACAUGCAAUGGAAAUGUUAAGUUCUUGUGCCAUAUCUUUCUGCAAGUCUGCCAAAGCUGAAUAUGCAGUUGCCAAGUCAAUUCUGACACUGGCUAAAUGGAUCCAGGCAGAAUGGAAAGAAAUUUCAGGGCAGCUGAAACAGGUUUACAGAGCUCAGCAACAGCAGAACUUCACAGGUCUUUCUACUCUGUCUAAAAACAUACUUGCUUUAAUAGAACUGCCAUCUGUUAAUACAAUGGAAGAAGAGUAUCCUCGGAUUGAGAGCGAAUCUACAGUGCAUAUUGGAGUUGGAGAACCUGACUUCAUUUUGGGACAGUUGUAUCACCUAUCUUCAGUACAGGCACCUGAAGUAGCCAAAUCCUGGGCAGCAUUGGCUAGUUGGGCUUAUAGGUGGGGCAGAAAGGUGGUUGAUAAUGCCAGUCAGGGAGAAGGUGUUCGUCUGCUGCCUAGAGAAAAAUCUGAAGUUCAGAAUCUGCUUCCAGACACUAUAACUGAAGAAGAAAAAGAGAGAAUAUAUGGUAUUCUUGGACAGGCUGUGUGUCGCCCAGCGGGGAUUCAGGAUGAAGAUAUAACGCUUCAGAUAACAGAAAGUGAAGAUAAUGAGGAAGAUGACAUGGUUGAUGUUAUCUGGCGUCAGUUAAUCUCAAGUUGCCCGUGGCUUUCAGAACUUGAUGAAAGUGCAACAGAAGGAGUUAUUAAAGUGUGGAGAAAGGUUGUAGAUAGAAUCUUCAGCCUGUACAAGCUGUCUUGCAGCGCAUAUUUUACUUUCCUUAAACUCAAUGCUGGUCAGAUUCCUUUAGAUGAAGAUGACCCUAGGCUACAUUUGAGUCACAGAGCAGAGCAGAGUACUGAUGAUGUGAUUGUGAUGGCCACACUGCGCUUGCUCAGACUGCUCGUCAAACAUGCUGGCGAGCUUAGGCAGUAUCUGGAACACGGCUUGGAGACAACACCUACUGCUCCAUGGAGAGGAAUUAUCCCACAGCUUUUCUCACGCUUAAACCAUCCUGAAGUAUAUGUGCGCCAAAGUAUUUGUAACCUUCUCUGCCGAGUGGCUCAAGAUUCCCCGCAUCUCAUAUUGUACCCUGCAAUAGUGGGUACCAUAUCACUUAGUACUGAAUCGCAGGCUUCAGGAAAUAAGUUUUCCUCUGCAAUUCCAACUUUGCUUGGCAAUAUUCAAGGAGAAGAGUUGCUGGUUUCUGAAUGUGAGGGAGGAAGCCCUCCUGCUUCUCAGGAUAGCAAUAAGGAUGAGCCUAAAAGUGGAUUAAAUGAAGACCAAGCCAUGAUGCAGGAUUGCUACAGCAAAAUUGUAGAUAAGCUGUCCUCUGCAAACCCAACUAUGGUGUUACAGGUUCAGAUGCUUGUGGCUGAGCUGCGCAGGGUUACUGUUCUCUGGGAUGAGCUCUGGCUGGGAGUUCUGCUACAGCAACACAUGUAUGUCCUGAGACGGAUCCAGCAGCUGGAAGAUGAGGUGAAGAGAGUCCAGAACAACAAUACCUUACGCAAGGAAGAGAAAAUUGCAAUCAUGCGGGAAAAGCACACGGCUUUGAUGAAGCCCAUUGUGUUUGCUUUGGAGCAUGUAAGGAGUAUCACUGCAGCCCCUGCAGAAACACCUCAUGAAAAGUGGUUUCAGGAUAACUAUGGGGAAGCAAUUGAAAAUGCUCUUGAAAAGCUGAAGACACCGUCAAAUCCUGCAAAGCCUGGAAGCAGCUGGAUUCCAUUUAAAGAGAUAAUGCUGAGUUUGCAACAGAGAGCACAGAAACGUGCAAGUUAUAUCUUGCGUCUUGAAGAAAUCAGCCCGUGGCUGGCUGCCAUGACUAACACUGAAAUUGCUCUUCCUGGAGAAGUGUCAGCUAGAGACACUGUCACAAUCCACAGUGUGGGCGGAACCAUCACCAUCUUACCUACCAAAACCAAGCCAAAGAAACUUCUCUUUCUAGGGUCAGAUGGCAAGAGCUAUCCUUAUCUUUUCAAAGGAUUAGAAGAUUUACAUCUGGAUGAGAGAAUAAUGCAGUUCCUGUCUAUUGUGAAUACCAUGUUUGCUACAAUCAAUCGCCAGGAAACACCCCGUUUCCAUGCCCGACACUAUUCCGUAACGCCACUAGGAACACGCUCAGGACUAAUCCAGUGGGUGGAUGGAGCCACACCCUUAUUUGGUCUUUACAAACGAUGGCAACAACGGGAAGCCGCCUUACAAGCACAGAAGGCCCAAGAUUCCUACCAAACUCCUCAGAAUCCUGGAAUUGUACCUCGUCCUAGUGAACUUUAUUAUAGUAAAAUUGGCCCUGCUUUAAAAGCAGUUGGGCUUAGUCUGGAUGUGUCCCGACGGGAUUGGCCUCUUCAUGUAAUGAAGGCGGUAUUAGAAGAGUUAAUGGAGGCCACCCCCCCAAAUCUCCUUGCUAAAGAGCUUUGGUCAUCUUGCACCACACCUGACGAAUGGUGGAGAGUCACACAGUCUUAUGCCAGAUCUACUGCAGUCAUGUCUAUGGUCGGAUACAUAAUUGGCCUUGGAGAUAGACAUCUGGAUAAUGUUCUUAUAGAUAUGACGACGGGAGAGGUGGUUCACAUAGAUUACAAUGUUUGCUUUGAAAAAGGUAAAAGCCUUAGAGUUCCUGAGAAAGUACCUUUUCGAAUGACACAGAAUAUUGAAACAGCACUGGGUGUAACCGGAGUAGAAGGUGUUUUUAGGCUUUCAUGUGAGCAGGUUCUACACAUCAUGCGGCGUGGCAGAGAGACUCUGCUGACAUUGCUGGAGGCCUUUGUGUAUGACCCCCUGGUGGACUGGACGGCUGGGGGUGAGGCGGGAUUUGCUGGCGCUGUCUAUGGUGGAGGUGGCCAGCAGGCUGAGAGCAAGCAGAGCAAGAGAGAGAUGGAGCGAGAGAUCACCCGCAGCCUCUUUUCUUCCAGAGUAGCUGAAAUUAAGGUGAACUGGUUUAAGAAUAGGGAUGAGAUGCUGGUUGUGCUUCCCAAGCUGGACAGCAGCUUAGAUGAAUACCUAAGCUUACAAGAGCAACUGACAGACGUGGAAAAACUGCAAGGCAAACUGCUGGAAGAAAUAGAGUUUCUAGAAGGAGCUGAAGGAGUGGACCAUCCUUCUCACACUCUGCAGCACAGGUAUUCUGAACAUACUCAACUACAGACUCAGCAAAGGGCUGUUCAGGAAGCAAUCCAGGUGAAGCUGAAUGAAUUUGAACAGUGGAUAACACAUUAUCAGGCUGCGUUCAAUAAUUUAGAAGCAACACAGCUUGCAAGUUUGCUUCAGGAGAUAAGCUCACAAAUGGACCUUGGUCCUCCAAGCUAUGUGCCAGCAACAGCCUUUCUGCAGAAUGCUGGUCAGGCGCACUUGAUUAGCCAGUGUGAGCAGCUGGAGGGGGAAGUGGGCGCUCUUCUCCAGCAGAGGCGCUCCGUGCUCCGAGGCUGUCUGGAACAGCUGCAUCACUAUGCCACCGUAGCUCUGCAGUAUCCAAAGGCCAUAUUUCAGAAACAUCGAAUUGAGCAGUGGAAGACCUGGAUGGAGGAACUCAUCUGUAACACCACAGUAGAGCGCUGUCAAGAACUCUACCGGAAGUACGUUGAUCACACUUUUCUUGACUUCUCAUGGGAUUAGAUGCAAAGUUGUUUUCAAAUUAUUAUUAUCAUGUGUGCAUAAUAUUUCAUUUUU